AUGGCAUCAGACGAUGGUUUCAGCUACUUAAUGCCAGUCCACAGUGAGAAACACAGGCGGGCCCCAAACUGGACCGAUGGUGAAAUGAAAGCCCUCCUGUACGUGUGGGAGGAACACCACAACGAACUGAAAAUGAGCAAGAGGAACGCAAAGGUUUACGAGAAGAUGUCCCAGAGGUUUUUCCAGCUGACGGGAGAGCAGCGUUUCAAAGAGGAAAUCAAGAUGAAAAUCACCAAUAUGUCUUUCCAGUACAGGCGGCUGAAAACCACAGUCGGCGAAGGUGGCGAAGCGCCGGACUGGCCAUAUUAUAAGGCCAUCGAGAAGAUCCUCUCCAAGCCACUGGAGAACGGGCGGGUGAACUCUUUGGAGUUUCAGGCCUCCACUGCAGGUCCUUCCACUUCCUCCCAGUCUACAGAUAACCUGGUGUCACAGGGAGAGGAGGGGAUGAUGGGAUUCCUGCCAGAGUACACAGGCUCCUCAGAUGAGAUGGAGAUAAAGCAAGAGGUGGACUCUUUGAGCUCUGACAGUGAGCACACGCAGGGCUCCAGCUCCCAUCCUACCUCAGCCAGGAAAAGGCAUGCCAACAAACAUCUGUUCAUGAAGAGGAAGAAGCUGCGUGUGAUGCAGGCCAUGCUGCAGCAACAGAAGAGGUCGAGCCGAGCCAUAGAAGAGACGUGCAGGGAGGUCCGCCGGGCCUUGCACCAGCAGAACCUUCUCCAGGUCCAGUGUCUGCAGCUGCAGGAACGUAUGAUGAAUCUCCUGGAGAAGAUGAUCCAGCCUUCCUCCGCUCCGUCAGCAUCGUGGGGUCAAAGUGGCGUCAAAGAUCCUGGGAAGCCUUGA